GCAUGGCCUGGACGGACCUCCUCCUGCCUCUGCUUGAGUCUUCCCUGUUGUUGUUGCUGCUGCUAACACCUGCCCUUCCCGCGGCUUCCCAGGACUGGCAGUGCCCACGCACCCCCUACGCUGCCUCCCGCGACUUUGACGUGAAGUAUGUGGUGCCCAGCUUCUCCGCUGGCGGCCCAGUACAGGCUGUGGUGACUUACGAGGGCGGCAGGGAUGGGAGUGCUGUGUUUGUGGCCAUACGCAAUCGCCUGCACGUGCUUGGGCCUGACCUGAAGUCUGUGGAAAGCCUGGCCACAGGCCCUGCCGGGGACCCUAGCUGCCAGACAUGUGCGGCCUGUGGCCCGGGCCCCCAUGGCCCAGCGGGCGAUACCGACACAAAGGUGCUGGUGCUGGAGCCAGCACUGCCUGCCCUGGUCAGCUGUGGCUCAAGCCUGCAGGGCCGCUGCUUCCUGCAUGAACUAGAGUUCCGAGGGACAGCCCUGCACCUGGUGGCACCAGCUUGCCUCUUCUCGGCCUACCAUAACCGACCUGAGGACUGCCCCGACUGUGUGGCCAGCCCACUGGGCACCCGUGUGACUGUGGUUGAGCAAGGCCAGGCCUCCUACUUCUACGUGGCAUCCUCACUGGAUGAAGCUGUGGCUGCCAGCUUCAGCCCACGCUCAGUGUCCAUCAGGCGCCUCAAGGCUGAUGUCUCUGGAUUUGCACCAGGCUUUGCGGCACUGUCUGUGCUGCCCAAGCACCUCGCCUCCUACCAUAUCGAAUAUGUGCACAGCUUCCACGCAGGAUCCUUCGUCUACUUUCUGACUGUGCAGCCAGCCAGUGUGACAGAUGCUCCUGGUGCCUUGCACACACGCCUGGCACGACUCAGCGCCUCUGAGGUGGAGCUGGGCGACUACCGGGAGCUGGUCCUUGACUGCCGCUUUGCUCCUAAACGCCGGCGCCGCGGGACUUCAGAGGGUGGCCAGCCCUACCCGGUGCUGCGAGCAGCCCACUCAGCUCCUGUGGGCUCCCAACUUGCCACUGAGCUGAGCAUCACUGAGGGCCAGGAAGUGUUAUUUGGAGUCUUCGUGGCUGGCAGAGAUGGUGGCCUUGGAGUGGGCCCCAACUCUGUCGUCUGUGCCUUCCCCAUUGACCUGCUGGACACCCUAAUCGAUGAGGGUGUGGAACGCUGUUGUGACUCCUCCGUCCACACGGGUCUCCGGCGAGGCCUCGACUUCUUCCAGCCUCCCAGUUUUUGCCCCAACCCGCCUAUCCUGGAGGGCUCCAGUCCCAACACCAGCUGCCACCACUUCCCUCUGCUGGUCAGAGGUAGUCUCUCACGUGUGGACCUAUUCAACGGGCUGUUGGGACCAGUACAGGUCACUGCAUUGCAUGUGACACGCCUUGACAAUGUCACAGUGGCCCAUAUGGGCACAACUGAUGGGCGUAUACUACAGGUGGAGCUGGCCAGGUCACUCAAUUACUUGCUGUAUGUGUCUAACUUCUCGCUGGGCAACAAUGGGCAGCCCGUGCAACGGGAUGUCGGUCACCUUGGGGACCAUCUCCUCUUCGCCUCUGGGAAUCAGGUCUUCCAGGUACCUAUCAGGGGCCCUGGCUGCCACCACUUUGUCACUUGCGGGCGUUGCCUGCGGGCACAGCGUUUCAUGGACUGUGGUUGGUGUGGAAGUAUGUGUGGCCGGCAGAAGGAAUGUCCUGGCUCCUGGCAACAGGACCACUGCCCACCUGAGCUUACUGAGUUCUACCCCCACAUUGGACCCCUAAGGGGCAGCACAAGGCUGACUCUGUGUGGCUCCAACUUCUACCUGCACCCUGCUGGUCUGGUGCCUGAGGGAACCCAUCAAAUCACUGUGGGCCAAAGUCCCUGCCGGCUGUUGCCCAAGGACACCUCAAAUCUCAGACCAGUGCCUCGGAAGGACUUUGUAGAGGAGCUUGAGUGUGAGCUGAAGCCCUUGGGCACCCAGGCAGUGGGGCCUACCAACGUCAGCCUCACCGUGACUAACAUGCCACCAGGCAAACACUUCCGGGUAGAUGGCACCUCCAUGCUGGGAGGCUUCUCUUUCAUGGAGCCAGUGCUGACAGCAGUGCAACCUCUCUUUGGCCCAUGGUCAGGGGGCACUCGUCUCACCCUUGAAGGCCAAGGUCUGUCUAUAGGCUCUAGCCGGGCUGUGCUGGUCAACGGAACUCAAUGUCUGCUAGAACAGGUCAGUGAGAGACAGCUUUUAUGUGUCACACCCCCUGGGGCUGCCAUGGCCCGCGUCCCCCUUAGCCUGCUUGUAGGGGGUGCCAAGGUGCCUGGUUCCUGGACCUUCUGCUACAGGGAAGACCCCAUUAUACUUGACAUCAGUCCUAAAUGUGGCUACACUGGCUCCCACAUCACCAUCCAUGGCCAGCAUCUGACUUCAGCGUGGCACAUAGAGCUGUCAUUCCAUGAUGGGCUUAGGGCAGUAGGGAAUAGGUGUGAGGGGAAGUUUCCGGAGCAGCAGCAGUGCCGCCUGCCUGAAUAUGUGGUCCGAGACCCCCAGGGGUGGGUGGCUGGGAAUCUGAGUGCCCGGGGAGAUGGAGCUGCUGGCUUUAUACUGCCAGGCUUUCGCUUCCUACCCCCACCCCGUCUACCCAGUGCCACUCUAUUCCCACUGAAGCCUGAGGAACAUGCCAUUAAGUUCGAGUACAUUGGGCUGGGCGCUGUGGCUGACUGCAUGGAUGUGAACAUAACCGUGGGUGGUGAGAGCUGCCAGCACGACCUUCGGGGAGACAUCGUUGUCUGCCCUCUGCCCCCCUCCCUGCAACUUGGCAAGGAUGGUGCUGCAUUGCAGGUCUGCGUGGAUGGUGGAUGUCACAUCCUGGGUAGGGUGGUGCGACCAGGUCCAGAGGGAGUCCCACAGAGCACAAUCCUUGGUGUCCUGCUAUCCUUACUCCUGCUUGUGGCUGCUCUGGCCACCGCACUAGUCUUCAACUACUGGUGGCAAAGGAAGAAGCUAGUUCUUUCUCUCAACCUGAGUGACCUGGCAUCCCUGGACCAGACUGCUGGAGCCAUACCCCUGCCUUUUCUCCACUCCAGCUCUGACUACAGAAAUGACCUUGCACUUCCUGCCACUGACAGUCUGGAUUCCACCACUCGGGUUCACAGAGCAUCCUUCUCAGACAGCAAGGAUGGAUCUUGUGUCCCGCUGCUAAGGACAGAGUCUAUCCGGCUUAGGGACCUGGACUCUGCGCUCUUGACGGAGGUCAAAGAUGUGCUGAUUCCCUAUGAGCGGGUGGUCACUCACAGUGACCGAGUCAUUGGCAAAGGGCACUUUGGAGUUGUCUACCAUGGAGAAUACACAGACCAGGCCCAGAAUCGAAUCCAUUGUGCCAUCAAGUCACUAAGCCGCAUCACAGAGGUGCAAGAGGUGGAGGCCUUCCUGCGAGAGGGACUGCUCAUGCGUGACCUGCACCACCCAAAUGUACUGGCUCUCAUUGGUAUCAUGUUGCCACCUGAGGGGCUGCCCCGUGUGCUGCUGCCCUAUAUGUGCCAUGGUGACCUGCUCCAGUUCAUCCGCACACCUCAGCGGAACCCCACUGUGAAGGACCUCAUCAGCUUUGGCCUGCAGGUAGCCCAUGGCAUGGAGUACCUGGCAGAGCAGAAGUUUGUACACAGGGACUUGGCUGCACGGAACUGCAUGCUGGAUGAGUCAUUCACAGUCAAGGUGGCUGACUUUGGUCUGGCCCGUGACAUCCUGGACAAAGAGUACUAUAGUGUUCGACAGCACCACCAUGCUCGCCUACCUGUCAAGUGGAUGGCACUGGAGAGCCUGCAGACCUAUAGAUUUACCACCAAGUCUGAUGUGUGGUCGUUCGGUGUGCUGCUGUGGGAACUCCUGACACGGGGUGCUCCACCAUACCCCCACAUUGAUCCUUUUGACCUCACUCACUUCUUGGCCCAGGGUCGGCGCCUGCCCCAGCCUGAGUAUUGCCCCAAUUCUCUGUAUCAUGUGAUGCAGCGAUGCUGGAAGGCAGACCCAGCAGCACGACCCACCUUUGGAGCACUAGUAGGGGAAGUGGAGCGGAUAGUGUCUACACUACUUGGGGACCAUUAUGUGCAGCUGCCUGGAACCUACGUGAACCUAGGUCCUGGCGCCUCAGAUGAGGUGAACAAACUCCCAGAACAGCCACAGUCCUCACCCAUGUGCAGUAGCACAUGGCGGCCUCGGCCUCUCUCAGAGCCGCCUCGACCCACUUGACCUAAUCCCUUGGCUGGACUUGCUUAGCGGCCUUGAACUAACCCCAAGCUGCCCCUGGGCCAUGCUGGACUGGAGAGCACUGGGCUUCCAUCUUGUCCCUGCCCUUCAGCCUUCAGAGGCGAUAGGUAUGCAGGGCACAUUAGGUCCCUCACUCCAGAGUGAGCGAGUGAGAGCACUUCUGCAACAUGUAUUUAUGAAGUACCUAUUGUGUACCCUACCUGCUGGGCACAGUGGACUCAUCAGUGACCACACACUGACCAUGAACCAGUAAAGGAACAAAUGAAUGUCAA